UGCUAAAGAAGAAUGCUGAAGAUACCUAAUUACGUGUACGGGCCCAAGGAUACCACAAUCCCUCUAGACGUUAACUUCGGCCAGUUCAUGCUGGGAAGAAUGUGGAUGUACAAAGACAGGAUUGCACAGACGAACGGAGCCACGGGCGAAAGUUUUACUUACAAAGAAAUCGUCCAGCAAUCUAUGAAAUUCGCCGUCUCGCUUACUCGGCUUGGCGUGCGUAAGGGAGAGACGAUAGCCCUAUUUUCUGAGAACAGAAGAGAGUAUUGGCCUGCCGUUAUUGGGACGGUGUGUGUUGGCGCCAUUUGUACUACUAUAAGUAGUAUGUAUGCUGAAGAAGAAAUAAAACACGUAUUGCACAUUUCGAAGCCGAAAUAUUUAAUAGUUUCGCCUAAAAUGUACGAAGCGCACGAGGCGACGUUGAAGUUAAUCGAUUCUAUAGAGACAACCAUUUUAUUUGGCGACGAUGCGAAAAGACCCGCUCUAUAUUAUUUCAACGAUUUAGUUGCGAGUGUCGGCUCAGAUAUCGAUAUUGAGAAUUUCAUCGCAGCCGACGUUGAUGUGCACGACGUUUUGUUCAUACUGUAUUCUUCGGGAACUACCGGCAUGCCAAAAGGAGUGACAUUAACUCAUUUAAACGCCAUAGCUGUUUGUUGUAUGCCGGCCAUUCUAGAUCCAGAGCUCAGUAGUCUGAACAUAAGAGGAUGGCACCACAUCUCUGGUCUGCUGGCUGUCUCGGCAGCAAUGGCUUUUGGAAGGAGAGGUCUGUACCUGGAUAAUUUCGAAUUGGAAUUAUUUUUGAAAACAAUCGAGAAAUAUAAGGUAGCUCAGGUGGUCGUGGCGCCUACAGUUCUGGUCGCAAUGUGUAAAAGCGACGCUAAAUACGACUUGAGCUCUUUAAGAUUUAUAUAUUCAUCGGUCGCUCCACUACACAAGGAGACGAUAAGCGCUGCUUAUAAAAAAUUGCCCAACCUUAAAGCCGUCCUCCAGGGCUACGGUUCGUCGGAGACCACGCUGGUCAUCAUCAGAUACACGUACAAAGAUGCGGAUAUAGUCAAGUCCGGCAGCGUGGGACUGGUCGCUCCCAAUUGUAUCGUGAAGGUGGUCGACAUAAAAGAUCAAAGACCCUUAGGACCAAAUCAGGAAGGGGAAAUCUACGUAAAGGGUCCGCUCCUCAUGAAGGGCUACAUGGGGAGGGCCAGGUCCGACGACUUCGAUGACGAAGGCUUCUACAGGACCGGGGACGCGGGCUACUAUGACGAGGAUGGACACUUCUACAUCUGCGACAGGAUUAAGGAAUUCAUCAAAUGCCACGGAUACCAGGUUCCACCAGCUGAAGUAGAAGCUGUGUUACUCCUGCAUGACGCAGUAAGAGAAGCCGGCGUUAUCGGGCUGAAGGAUCCGGAUGCCGGGGAGAUUCCACUGGCCUUCGUCUCUUUACAGCCAGGGAAGGAAGUCACCGAAGAGGAAUUGAAGGAGUUUGUUGCGAAACGGUUGUCUGAUCCGAAACACCUGAGAGGGGGAUUGCGCUUUGUCGAUAAUGUACCGAAGAACAAAAACGGAAAACUGGACAGGAACGAACUAAGGAGAAUGGCUAAUUCAUUAUAAACUAGUGCUCGUCUAAGUGGUCGAAAUUCGACCUUAUUUUAUUUAAAUUAUAAGUUUGAAUAUUGUUAUGGUUGUACUGUUAAAGAAGGCUUAUUAUACUUAUAUAAUCAGAGAUU